CACCCUCUCCCGGCUUCAGAUUCUACUUCCUUUUCCGCUCAUGCUGUCUUCUCAUUGCAUCAGCUAGUGACAGCCGGUGCAAAGAACUGGGAAUUGACCGUGCUGCAGAUCGGCUGGGAGUCAGAGAAAGAUUCUCUAAUAUAGGAACGAAAUAAACGUUCUUUCUACAAAUGGCUCAGCAAGUACCUGAAACUAUCAACUUCCCUGCGGAGGAGGAGAAAAUCCUGGAACUAUGGCAAUCCCUUGACUGUUUCCAAGAAUGUUUAAAGCAGUCCAAAAGCCGUCCGAGAUACACUUUUUAUGACGGACCUCCUUUUGCAACGGGUCUCCCUCACUAUGGACACAUCUUGGCUGGCACUAUUAAGGACAUUGUUACCAGAUUUGCUCACCAAAGUGGCUUUCAUGUAGAGAGAAGAUUUGGCUGGGAUUGUCAUGGAUUGCCAGUGGAGUAUGAAAUCGACAAGACAUUGGGAAUAAAAGGACCAGAAGAUGUGGCCAAAAUGGGAAUUACUGAAUAUAAUAAGCAGUGUCGUGGGAUUGUAAUGAGAUAUUCUCAGGAAUGGGAGAUCAGUGUGACAAGGCUGGGCCGCUGGAUUGACUUCAAGAAUGACUACAAGACACUCUACCCGUGGUUCAUGGAGACGGUUUGGUGGGUGUUUAAACAGCUCUAUGACAAAGGACUGGUGUAUCGAGGUGUUAAGGUCAUGCCAUUCUCUACUGCUUGCAACACUCCUCUCUCCAACUUUGAGUCCCACCAGAACUACAAGGAUGUCCAGGAUCCCUCUGUCAUUGUCACCUUCCCAUUGCUUGAUGAUCCAGGUAUCUCUCUAGUAGCAUGGACAACAACUCCCUGGACCCUGCCCAGCAACUUGGCCCUGUGUGUUAAUCCAGAUCUGAUUUAUGUCAAGUUGAAAGAUAUGUCGAAUGGAAAUGUGUAUAUACUUAUGGAAGCCAGGCUGUCUGCUCUGUACAAAGCUGAAACUGAAUAUGACAUUUUGGAAAGAUUUCCUGGUAAUAAACUCAAAGGAAAAAAAUACACACCACUGUUUCGUUACUUUGAGAAGGCAGCAGCAAGCGAAGCAUUUACAGUUGUGACUGACAACUAUGUUAAGUCUGAGGAAGGCACAGGGGUGGUACACCAGGCACCGUACUUUGGAGCCGAUGAUUACCGGGUCUGUAUGGACUUCAAUAUCAUUCAGAGGGAUUCAGUUCCUGUGUGCCCAGUUGAUGCAUCUGGCUGUUUCACCAACGAAGUGACUGACUUUGCAGGACAGUAUGUCAAGGAUGCUGAUAAAAACAUCAUAAAGCUGCUGAAGGAGCAGGGUCGACUGGUGCACAGCAGCUCAUACAAACACAACUACCCUUUCUGUUGGAGGUCAGAUACACCUCUUAUUUACAAGGCUGUUCCCAGCUGGUUUGUAAGAGUUGAACAUAUGGUUGACAAACUUCUUCAGAACAACAAUCAGUGUUACUGGGUUCCUGAGUUUGUGAGGGAGAAGCGUUUUGGGAACUGGCUGAAGGAUGCUCGUGACUGGGCCAUUUCCAGGAACCGUUAUUGGGGUACCCCCAUACCUCUGUGGGUCAGUGAGGACUUUGAAGAGGUUGUGUGCGUCGGAUCUCUGGUUGAACUGGAGGAAUUAACUGGCACAAAAGUGACAGAUCUGCACAGGGAGAGUGUGGAUCACCUCACUAUUCCAUCACGCCGUGGGAAAGGUACCCUGAAACGGUUGACAGAGGUGUUUGAUUGCUGGUUUGAGAGUGGUAGCAUGCCUUAUGCCCAGGUGCACUACCCAUUUGAGAACAGAAGAGAGUUUGAAGACUGUUUCCCUGCUGACUUCAUUGCAGAGGGCAUCGAUCAAACGAGGGGGUGGUUUUACACCCUGUUGGUGCUUUCCACUGCUCUGUUUGGGCAGCCUCCCUUCAAGAAUGUUAUAGUGAAUGGGCUGGUGCUGGCCAGCGAUGGGCAAAAAAUGAGCAAAAGUAAGAAGAACUACCCUGACCCAAUGCAAGUGAUAAACCGUUAUGGAUCAGAUGCUCUCAGGAUGUACCUGAUAAACUCCCCAGUGGUUAGAGCUGAAAACCUACGCUUUAAAGAGGAGGGUGUCCGGGAUGUGCUGAAAGAUGUCUUUCUUCCCUGGUAUAACGCCUACCGCUUCUUAAUGCAGAACAUCUACAGGCUACACAAGGAAGAAGACAUCCACUUCCUAUUUAAUGAAAGCAGCAAGCAGCAAAGCAGCAACAUCAUGGACAAGUGGAUAAUUUCCUUUACUCAGUCUCUAGUGCAGUUCUUUAAGGCUGAAAUGUCUGACUACAGAUUAUACUCAGUGGUCCCACGGCUUGUUAAGUUUGUUGAUAUGCUCACAAACUGGUACGUGCGCAUGAACCGAAGACGGUUAAAAGGUGAGAGUGGUACAGAAGAUUGCCAAAUGGCUCUGGAAACCUUGUUCAGUGUUCUUUUCUCCAUGUGCAGAUUAAUGGCCCCAUUCACACCGUUCAUAACAGAGAUGAUGUACCAAAAGCUGAGACUGUUAAUAGAUCCAUCUUCAAUGCAGGAUAAGGACACAAAGAGCAUCCACUAUCUAAUGCUGCCCAUUGUCAGGGAGAACUUGAUUGACAAAAAGAUUGAGAGUGCAGUGUCACGCAUGCAGUCUGUCAUUGAGCUGGGAAGAGUCAUACGUGACCGUAAGACCCUUCCAGUUAAGUACCCACUGAAGGAAGUGAUAGUUAUCCACCAAGACUCUGAAGCCUUAGCAGAUAUCAAAUCCCUGGAAAAAUACAUUAAAGAGGAACUAAAUGUGAAACAAGUUACAUUCUCCACAAACAAAGACAAAUAUGGAAUUCGGCUGAGGGCAGAGCCAGAUCACAUGGUACUGGGGAAGCGGUUAAAGGGGGCUUUCAAAUCAGUUAUGGCUGCCAUUAAAGAACUGAAGAGCAAUCAGUUAGAAGAAUUCCAGAAGACUGGUUCCAUAGUUGUGGAAGGCCAUGAGCUACAUGAGGAGGAUAUUAGGCUUCUUUACACUUUUGAUCAAGUAUCUGGAGAAGAUGCUCAUUUUGAAGCUCAUUCGGAUGCCCAGGUAUUGGUCUUGUUAGACGUUACACCAGACCAGUCCAUGGUAGAUGAAGGCGUCGCUAGAGAAGUGAUUAACCGCAUCCAAAAGCUGAGGAAAAAGGGAAAUCUGGUUCCAACUGAUGAGAUCACCAUUUACUACCAAUCACUCCCAGAGGGAAAUUACCUACAGUCUGUUAUUGAGAGGCACACUGACUUCAUUCUCGCCACUGUAAAGUCUCCUCUGAAAGCUUACCCAGUACCACCAUCUAGCAGUGUCGUUAUAAAGGAGAAGACACAGUUGAAAGGAUCUGAUUUAGAAAUUACGCUGGUCAGAGGGUCACAACAACCAGUAGCAGAAGAGCCUGGUCCUGCUUGUGCCUAUGUCAAUCUGAAAAUAUCUGUUAAUGGCACAGAACAACGUGGUUGCCUUCUUCUAGAGAAUCCUAAAGGAGAUGCAUUAUCUAAGCUGACUGAGCUUAAAGCUGCUGUCUGCAACAUAUUCCACCUGAGCCCCCAACUGAACAUGUACUGUGGCAGGACAGAGCUUCGGAAUGACUGCAACCUUUUAAGUCUCAGUGGGAAAACCCUGCAUGUUUCUUCUGCCUCGCCUGCAGAGGUAUCUGCCGAUGGGAGCCAAUUACUGUGUCAGUAUAUCAAUCUUAGACUUCUAAAUGAAGAGAGACAAGGAACACUGCUAUUGGAAAACCCCAUUGGUCAAAAUGGCCUGACUUGCUCUGGUUUAUUCCAUGAAGUAGCUAAAGUUUUCAGCUUUCGAAGCAGACGCUUUAGAUUGUUUUUGGACUCGGCCCUAAAUGAAGAGUUGAAGCCUGGUACAGCACUGUCAAGCCUUCAUCAGAAGACCCUGUAUGUCCAGGUCCUUCCAACUACAGCUGAGUGUUAGCUGAUCUUUUCCCUACUUGAACUUCUUUGCUCUUGCCACUCAGCUGCUCCUAAGGGAUCCAAUAUGCAAACUACCCGUAUCUUACAGGAACCAAGAGAACAGACAUUGGAGAAUUUCAUAUUGUAACAAUUGAAUAGUAGUGCCUAUGCUGACACCCUGUCUCGGGAAGGGUUGGUGCCAAUUAUUGAGAAUUAGUUGGAUUGUGGCUAUCCUUAUACACUCAAGAAAAGCAGCAGCUCAGACAAUGACCCCAAGAUUACUUACUAUGUUGUUCUACUAUCCACUGAGACUUAUAAAGAGAAUACAUGUCCAUCCUUCCUUGUAUUUUACACUAAAUAGCCAGUACAGUAUAAGUAGCUUAUUGUGUGCAUAAAGUGUAACCUUUAGGCAUAUAUUGCAUUGAUAUUGGUGAAUGGCAGCUUUCAUGUUGCUUGUCAGAGCUCUCAAGCAUUCUUUCUAGAUCUCAAAUUAACAGCGCAAUCAAGUGAUUGACAAAUAUUGUGAAUUUUCCUGUUGCUAUCUGUAGAGAAUGCAUCAUCCAAGGCAAACCAUUAUGGCAACUCCUGCUGUUCUAUGCAUACAACAAGCUUUGUUGUCGUACUUCAACAUUUAAUGUAAAAUAAGUGAAAGAGCUACUUGUCACGGUGUAUAAUUCCCUAUGAAUAUCAGAUAGGCGUGCAUCCCGCAGAAGCUGUUUAUACACGCAGCUUCCAUAAUGUCAGGUCUGGGACAGUGUUAUUUAUUACCAAAGUUUUAACCAUUUGACUGCAACAUUCUCUCUGAUCUAUAUGUAUUUUGGAAUUGGAUUCUACAUAGCACCUCUCAGCAAUUAAAAUUGUCUUUCAAAUGAAAAUUGUCUAAUCUGUUUCAAUUUGGUGUGUGGAAUGGUCAGAAAUGGAGUGAGUAGAAUAGUGGGCACUGCUGUACAUGGUCCAAUGUAAACAAGCCCAAUUCAAGUGAGUUUAUGGACCCAUAUGCAAUCUCUGUAUAUCCCAAAAAUGUUUAUUGCUGCUACUAAACUGUAGCCUUGACCGUACUUCUGAAUCCCAGCUUUCUGAUGGCUCCAGCUAAAUGACUGCAUUAAAUGGACUAUUUCAUGA